GUGCCCCUGACGUCACGGCCGCCCGCCCCGCGUGACGUCAGCGCGAUGGCGGGGGAGGCGGCGGAGCUGCUGGCGGCGGCGCGGGCGGAGCUGAGGGCGCGGCGGCUCUCGGCGGCCGAGGAGCUCUUCAGCCGCUUCAUCGCCCGCAGCCCCGCGGGUGCCCGCUGCGACCUCGCCGCGGCGCUCAACGAUCGCGGGCAGGCGCGGUACCUGAGCGUGGAGUUCGCCGCCGCCGUGCAGGACUUCACGGCCGCCAUCGAGUGCCAGCCCGGCUUCGAGGUGCCCUACUACAACCGCGGGCUGGUGCGCUACCGGCUGGGAGAUUUUGAUGAGGCCAUAAAAGAUUUCAGGAAAGUAUUAGAGUUAAACCCCCAGUUUGAAGAUGCUGCAUUGAGUCUAAAACAGGCUAUUCUUGAUAAAGAAGAAAAACAGAAGCGGGGUUAUUGAAAAUUCAGUGAUGCGAUUCCCAUAAACGUGAUUUUUGUCAUCAAUGGAUGGAACCCAAGUUCAUUUACAUCUGUUAUGACCUGUGGAAGCACUUCAUUCUUAGAUAAGUUAAAAAUUGGUUAUGAUUGCAAAAGAAACUGGAUUUGGGGUUUUUGUUCUUGAGGGAAUGUGUAAUGUUGAUCUCUGUGAGACACAUCUACAGAUUUUGUACAGAAAUACUUUGUAAUUCUAUAAUGAAUAUAUUGGACAGAUUAAUUGACAAUAAAAGUGAAAAUGUACUUUUUAUC